AUCUUUCAGGUAGAUAGUGGCACUUAGUUUUUUAGACUAGGUUUCACUCCUGUAGCCUCAGCAUGGCAUUUGUGUUAGGAGCUCUGAAAAGUGCAUUAGUUGGCACAGACACUGCCCCCUAUGAAGUGGUCAACAAGCACAAGGAGAACUAUGAAGAACGCUUGUAUCCCCCAAUGAAGUGGGUCACCACACAGCUAAAGGGAACAUCAAGGUCAGCCAUCCAGAAGACCAUGUUCCAUACUCUCUUCGAUUUCAUCAAUGGAAAGAAUGAAACUGGGAAAAAAAUGGAUAUGACAACUCCUGUGACAAUGCUGUAUAGACUCUGUCCUGAAGAAGAGGGAAAGAGUGAGGAAGAUGAGAAAAAGGAAGAGACAGGCAAUGAAGAAGGCAACAAGAAAGGAGAAAAUGAAGAGCAUGGCAAAAAAGACAAGGAAGGGAAAGAUGAAAAAGCAAAACAGUGGGAAUUCACAAUGGGCUUUUAUAUCCCUCCCAACUUCCAAGAAAGCCCCCCCAAACCAUCAGCUGAGAAUGUUUCUAUCCUGGAGAACCCUGAGAUGCGCAUUGUUUCCAGGACAUUUGGAGGCUAUGUCAAGGAUGAAGAAUGGCUGAAAGAAGCUGAAGAAUUCAAAAAAGUACUUCAAGAUAAGGGAGAGCAGAAAGUGGACCUGACACAUUACUAUACUGUUGGCUAUGAUCCUCCUUUCAAACCAUUUGGAAGAAGGAAUGAAAUCUGGUUCAUAAAAAAGGAAGCUGAUGAACACAGUGUGAAGAAGGAGGAGGAAGAAGUUAAGGAAGAGAAGAAGGAAGAGGAAAAUAAGAAAGAAGACUCCAAGGAAGAAGAAACUAAAGAAAGUGAGAAGUCUGAAGAAGCUAAAGCUGAAUAAAACAUAAGUAUAUGGAUUCACAUGUCACACAGGUGAAUCUUUUACCUGUAUCCAACUUGGUUGCCACAACAUGAACAGAAAAAAGAAAUCAUCUGCCUCUACUGUGGAUAUUGAAUGUCAGUGAUUGAUGGCUGUAUGUAUGAUGUGUUCUUAGAAAUAUCUGGGGAAAAAACAUCACUCGUCAAAUCCGUUGUAGUCACCAUGACUGUGAAUCUAACCUCUCCACCCAUUUUCCUUGCUUGCACUAGAUGUAGAUCUGAUCACUUGAUUUAGAUCUGUUUGUCUCAGAGUUGUCUGCCCCAUAUUGCACUAUUUUCAUAUUUUUCAGUAUGUUUGUGCUCUUGCUUUUUAUGUCCUUGAAAGUGAAUUGAUUCUUAAGAUGAGUCUUUUGAGUUGAAUGAAUUCUUUUUGAACCAUUGUUUUUUUCAUUGCAUUGUGCUUGUGGUUGUUUUCUUAUCUUGUGCCUUUCCUUUUCUUUUUUUCUUUUUUUAUUCAUCCAAUCAUGAAACAGGGAGGAAACAUGUCUCAAAGAGUUUUUCAAGUCAAAGUCUGGAAUCUCCAAUGAAUAUUCCAUGUGAUAAGCAUUGCUCUCAAAUUGGUGUUGAUCUCUUGAAUUUCUAUGUUACUUCCUUUCCUGUGAUUGCUCUCUUGUACAUUAAAGCAGGCAAAGGAAAUAUCAUCUUCCUUUUUUUUUGUCAGUGUAGUGAUUUCAGUAAUAGCCGAGUCCUUCUUUCAUCCUCGUGAUCCACUACCUUAUUUAAUUACAUAUCCCAAUGGGAAGUCUUUAUAAGGCUGACUCAAUGAUUUUAUUGCAUGGAAAGGCCUUUCCUCAUGCCAAAGGAAUGAAUGAAUUUGCCUUGCAAGAGUUUGCCCUUGGGACUGUAUCAUCCUCAUGAUCACCAUCACAAAUUCUUAAGACUACUGCAUCGUUCACUGUUUGUUGAUUUCUAUAGCUAAUUUGGGAGUUAGCUUGGACUUCAGAUUGCACCUCAGAUUGGCUGUCAUUGUUGGAGGUUCCUCUGCUUCUCUUAUGCUUCAUUGUAAAUGUGCACAAUGGGGAUAACAUUAACUUCAGUCAUGGCGUUGAAGCUUGUACAUGAAUUAGUCAUUCACAUUCCACUUUACUGGUUAUUUCAUAUAAAGUCCUUGAGUAUUUGUCAGAGUUGUGUCAUUCUUGGGCAUUUCGUCAAUGAUUGGGCAGUGUAGGUCUUAUUUUAUUUUUUUGGCCUUUUGUUUUAUCUUGUUCAAAGGUUUCUUUAGCAAUUUCACAGGAUAUUUUGGCAAAUACUUUUCUACUCCUUUAUGUCUUUCUUCUAUUCUCUUUGGUGCUACAGCUAGCCAUGAAAACCUCCAAUCCUAUACUGUGAACAAAAAAUGUACAGAGUGUGCACACACUGGUGAGAGUCUUGCUGUUGUCAUGGUUCCAUUAUGAAAUUACCAUUAUGUGGUGUCCUCCAGUCUGUGUCAGCUGGAGAGUUGAAUGUGUUUCAUCUGCUUGCAUACGCACUUGUCAAUCUCAUUCAUGUACCAAGAUGCAUGUGAUGGACCUAUUGAUAUAAAUAAAUGUGAUGACUUCGUGUA